AUGGUCUCCCACUGGGAGCUGGAGAACUCCGAUGCCACAACUCAAAGUGAUGAUGUGAGCGACGAUGAUUUGGGCUCCCCAAGAGCAGCACCCAAGAGAGAGGGGUAUCAGAAUGAGAACGAUGGAAUCGGAGCAAGGUCUUUAUUUCCAGAACAUUUGAAACUGGCCCGCAACUCAGAGCGGACUACUGGACGCAUAACGCAGGAGGUGAUACCUGUUUCAGACGAGGAAUUUGAUGAUGUAGCUGGUUUCAACGAUGGCGCAGCCACAUACGAGAAAUUCAAAAAUAGAAGGCAACUCAAGCGCAAGAGAGCCGCCGCCAGAACACGCAAAACUAAAGGCGCAUCUGGAAAUCCUAUUGUCGGCAAGCGGCCAAACAGAACGGAAGCUAAUACAUCCCGCAAACGCCAGCGGCAAUUAAAGGAUUAUAUUCAAAACCGCCGCUCAACAUUUGACAAGAAAAUAACCGUUCUGAAAGAGGCAGGAUUGAAGCUACCCCCAAGUUUUGACGAUGUUGAGUUCUCUGAUGAUGAAAACCUGGAGGCUUUGAGCGAGAAGCCGAAUUUUCAGAACGCCACUCCGUCGCGGAAGUAUGAAGACAUACAACUCCCUUAUUCUCUGGGCUUGAUUCCAGCUUCCAUUGCACAAUGGCUACGGGAUUAUCAAGUCCAGGGGGUUGAGUUUCUACAUGAAUUAUUUGUUUACCAAAAAGGGGGGAUCCUUGGAGAUGACAUGGGCUUAGGGAAAACUGUGCAAAUUAUAGCAUUCUUGACUGCAGCAUAUGGGAAAACAGGAGAUGAGCGGGAUGCUAAACGUAUGCGGAAGAUGAGGCGGAGGGGAGACAGAGUUUGGUAUCCUAGAACUCUGAUUAUUUGUCCCGGGACCCUUUUGCAAAACUGGAGAUCGGAAUUGGAUCGAUGGGGGUGGUGGCAUAUUGAGGUAUAUCAUGGUGCUGGGAAAGAGGAAGCUUUGCAAUCUGCCGCCUCCGGAAGGUUGGAGAUAAUGCUCACAACCUACAAAACAUACGUGCUCAAUAAAGAUGCUCUGAACAUGGUGGAAUGGGACUGUAUUGUUGCAGAUGAGUGCCACAUUUUCAAGGAAAGGAAAUCGGAAACCGCCCAGUCGAUGAACGAAAUCAACGCUCUUUGCCGGAUUGGCCUUACAGGCACAGCAAUCCAGAACAAAUACGAAGAGCUCUGGACACUGCUCAACUGGACCAACCCCGGGAAAUUUGGCCCGGUGUCCACGUGGAAAUCCACGAUUUGCGAGCCGUUGAAAUUAGGACAGUCCCAUGAUGCAACUGUAUACCAGCUUAGCAAAGCGAGGAAAACUGCGAGGAAGCUUGUUGAGAACCUUCUACCCCCUUUCUUCCUCAGGCGCAUGAAAACGCUUAUCGCAGACCAAUUACCGAAGAAGAGUGAUCGAGUUGUAUUUUGUCCCCUCACGCCUACCCAAGCUGAUGCAUAUGAGAGGGUAUUGGAUAGUGAUAUCAUUGAGUAUAUUAAAACGUCAUCCGACAAGUGUCACUGCGGAUCAGGAAAGAAGUCUGGCUGGUGUUGUCGUAUGCACUUACCCCAAGGUGGGAAGUGGCAAAGUUAUGUCUUUCCAGCAAUUUCGAACUUGCAAAAGCUCAGUAACCACCUCGCAAUUCUUAUUCCGCAAUCACAAGAUCCAACAGAGAAACAAGACAAAGACCUGGAGAUGCUUCAGAUCGCUCUACCGGACCAGUGGCGACAGUUAUAUGCUACUAGAGAUUCGAUCCUUAACUACGCAAACCACGAGUUUUGCGGAAAGUGGAGGGUGCUGAAGAAGCUUCUCAGGUGGUGGCAUGGCAAUGGAGACAAGGUCCUCGUCUUUUCCCAUAGCGUUCGACUGCUUAAAAUGCUUCAGAUGCUUUUUAAACAUACCAGCUAUAAUGUCAGUUAUUUGGAUGGUGCUAUGAGCUACGAGGACAGAGCAAAAGUCGUUGACAAUUUCAACGCCGAUGUUCGGGAAUUUGUAUUCCUGAUCUCUACCCGGGCUGGUGGAGUAGGCCUAAACAUUACCUCUGCCAACAAAGUCGUUGUUGUCGACCCAAAUUGGAAUCCGGCGUAUGACCUCCAGGCACAGGACCGUGCAUAUCGUAUUGGGCAAGCUAGGGAUGUGGAGGUUUUCCGGUUAGUCUCUGCGGGCACGAUUGAGGAAAUUGUUUAUGCCCGCCAAAUAUACAAGCAACAACAAGCAAACAUCGGGUACACGGCCAGCACCGAACGGCGGUACUUCAAGGGAGUCCAGGAGAAGAAGGACAGGAACGGCGAGAUAUUUGGGCUCUCCAACAUGUUCCAGUAUCAAGGUGACAGCAUUGUCCUAAGGGACAUCGUCAAUAAGACAAACGUCGCAGAAAGCAAGGUUGGCGUUAAAAUUGUCGAUAUCGAGUUGGAGGACACCAAGGAUGGACUUGAUGAACAACCCUCGUCUUCACCCAAAGGUGAGGAGGAGGACGGUGCAAUGAGCCAACUGGCGGCUAUGAUCCGGGGUGAGGUUCCUGCAAUAAAUAACAAUACCAAAAAUGCUGUCCCAGCAAAACAUGACCCAAUCCAAGCCAUAUUAGUCCGAGCGGGCGUUGAAUAUACACAUGAGAACUCUGAAGUCAUUGGAUCGUCAAAAAUCGAGGAACGCCUUAGUCGUCGUGCUGAGAUGGCAAUUGAUGGGACCAGUUUUGGUGAGGAGCAGGUCUUCGAAGCCUCUCAAGAUGACCUCACUUUGCCCCUUGACGUUAAAUAUGGUAGAAAGCAUGUUCUGUUUAAAUAUCACCCACCUGAGGAUGUAAAGAGGCGCCAGUUUUGCAGCACAGAGGAGGAGUUAUUUGGCCAGAUGGUAUCAAGAGCGUCAGGCCGCGCUGAUGGGAUGAAUACGCCGAUCAAGAAUAAUGAUGAUGGUGAUGAUGAUGCGAAUCUGUUGCAGAGUAUACCGCAAGAGGAGCCUCCAGGCUGA